CGGCCAUCUUCGAAUUUCUAUCAACAAAUGAUUGUUCUGGCCGUUAUUUCACAUUAUUUAAGUAAUUAAACAAAAAGUGAGACGACUGACUCUUGCUGGAUUGAGCUAGUCUGGGAGGUGCGCUUCGUACUGUGAUCCAUCCGCCACACUGCAAGUUGCAACCAUGUCCGGAUUCCUGGAAGACGAGGCGGAGGUGUCGGGGGAAGAUGACCAGAAGUCCGGAUCCGAGUCGGACGAGGACUCCGGCGCAGUGCAAGUGAAGGAAGUUCGUCAUAAAAAGAAAUCCAAGGCCGUGGUUGUAGACAGUUCCGAGGAGGAAGAAGAUGAUGAAGAUCUACUCAGAGAGGAGAUGAAGGAUCUGAUUAAUGAUGACGUCGAGGAGGAGUCUGCCAGCAGCGGUUCUGACGACAAUGCAGAUAGAGGCAGAAAGAGGAAGAAGCGUGGAAGUGGUGAAGAAGAAGAUGAGGAUGAUGAUGAUGAUGAUGACAGACUCGAAGAUGAAGAUUAUGACUUAAUUGAGGAAAAUCUCGGUGUGAAGGUCAAACGUAAAAAGUUCCGGCGUCUGCGCAAGAUAUCGGAUGACGACGACAGCGACAAUGAGGCGGGUCAUGACCUUGCGAAGGUCGACGACCGCGACGCCAUCGCCAACGAGCUGUUCCAGGGCUCGGACGACGACGAGUCAACGGCGGAGCCCCGGCGGCCUGAGUCAGUUCCAGAAGAGGUUGGGGAUGAUGAAGAAGGAGAGGAAGAAUCGGAUGUGGACGACUUUAUCGUGGAUGAUGAGGGUGAGCCAAUCUCGAAGGAGAAGACUAAGAAGAAACGCUACAGACAUGCCGAUGCUGCGUUACAGGAAGCACAAGACAUUUUCGGGGUCGACUUCGAUAUGACUGAGUUCGAUCAAUACGGUGAUGACGGAUACGAGGAGUAUGAGGAGGCAGAAUUGGAUUACGAGGACGAAGAAGUGGAGGAAGGAGAGGAAGCUACGCGGACGAAGAAGAAGCCUAGCAAGAAGAAGGCGAAAAAGAGCAUCUUCGAUGUUUACGAGCCGAGUGAGCUGGAGCGAAGCCAUUUCACCGAGGUCGAUAACACGAUCAGAACAAGUGAUGUGCCCGAGCGAUUCCAGGCAUCGAGUCGUAAGCUGUACAACUGGUUGAAGAUAGCGCCGUACCAGGCUGAGCAGCAGCUGGAGGACUACGAUGAUGAGGACUACGACCCCUCGCACGGUCUCAGGGUCAUCUCGAUCGCAUUCGUCCCCGAACUUGACAUGGCAGCAUUCGCAGCAUUUGUGGAUGGUGAGGGCAACAUGCAGGACUUUCUGCGGCUGUGCCAUCUGAAUAAGCGCAAGAACUCGUACCAUGAAUCGGAUAAAACCCUUAAGGAGACGGACCUUCGGUCACUGAAGCGCUUCAUCACGUCGAAGAAGCCGCACGUGGUCGUCGUGGGAACAGACUGUCGGGAUGCUGCGAUGAUCCAGCAGGAUGUGCAGGAGUUGGUCACCGACCUGGAGAGCGACAACCAGAUGGCGCCCAUCUCGGUGGAACUCGUCGACAACGAGCUAUCGGAAGUCUACUCGACGACGAAGAGGGCAGACCAAAGUUUUCGCGACUACCCACCACUGCUGCGGCAGGCGAUCUCACUGGCACGCCGCAUUCAAGACCCGCUCAUCGAAUUCUCGCAGAAAGUAACUUUUGAUCAGUUUUCGACGGCGGAGGAUGUCAUUAAAGGUUCUCAGCACAUGGUUGCGACGCAGAUCUCUCGCGAACCUCUAGUCCGACAAUGCGUGAGGCAGACAUACUACGAACGAGCCAAGAUCCAUAUUGCACCCACGAAGAAGGGAAAGAAGGAAAUUGAUGAAAAUCAUAUGCUCUACUCGCUGAAGUAUAUCAAGAACAAGCCAGUGAAGGAUCUAAAGGGUGAUCAGUUCCUAAAGAUGUCCAUGUUGCGAUCCAUUCAUGUUAAGCCAACGGAAGAGAGAGAACUUGAAGAGGAGGCUGACUGGAUUUAUAAGCAUGCUUUCUGCACUCCACCCAUCUCUAUACAGGACAUGUACGAUCAGGUAGAAGGCCUGAGUUACACAAACACAAAGGGACCGACUGCGAUCGGGAAAAUCCGAGAGGCGCUCAACUUCAUGCGAAACCAGCAGUUUGAGGUUCCGUUCAUCGCCUUCUACAGGAAAGAAUAUGUGGAGCCUGACCUAAACAUUAAUGAUCUGUGGAAAGUCUACCACUGGGAUGAAAAGUGGUCGCAGCUGCGUCGACGCAAGAAGAACCUGACGCGUCUGUUUGAGCGUAUGCAGCAUUACCAGUACGAGCAGGUGGCGGCCGAUGCAUGGGCACACUUUGAUGCAGGCAACUGCGAGGGGGCUGCAACCGGGGUCAAGGUCAGACUGGACAACGGAGUCACAGGAUUCAUUCCGAUUCGGAAUCUCAGCGAUAAACGAGUGGAAAAGCCCGAGGAGAGAGUAGCUCGUGGCAUGACCAUCCACGCCCGUAUCACGAAGAUUGACAUCGAACGAUUUCACGUCGAGGUCACGUCAAAGUCGUCCGACCUUCUCGACUCUGAAGCUCAGUACAAACCGCCGAGGGACCUCUAUUAUGAUGCCGACGCUGAGGAGAACGAGAUAAAGCGGGACGAGGAGGUGCGGAAGAGACAGCGGAUGCAGACGUACGUGAAGCGAGUCAUAGUUCAUCCAUCAUUCCACAACAUCGGCUACAAGGACGCGGAGAAGCUCAUGAAUGACAUGGACCAGGGUGAUGUCAUCAUCCGACCCAGUAGCAAGGGCUCAGACCACUUGACUGUCAUGUGGAAGGUUGAUGAUAACAUCUACCAGCACAUUGAUGUUCGAGAAGAGGGAAAGGAGAACGCCUUCAGUCUAGGCCAGAGCCUUCUCAUUAACAAUGAGGAGUUUGAAGACUUGGACGAGAUUAUCGCGCGUCACAUCCAGCCGAUGGCAGCGUUCGCCAGAGACGUUCUCUUGUUCAAGUAUUACGAGAAGGCAGAUGGAGGCAAGAGGGAGAUCCUCGAGAACCUUCUGCGCGACGAGAAGGGGAAAGCCACGACCCGCAUCCCCUACCUCAUCAGCCUCUCCACGGAUUUCCCUGGCAAGUUCAUGCUGUCGUACCUGCCACGUGUGAAGACGCGGCACGAAUACGCCACCAUCACCCCAGAUGGCUUCCGUUACCGUGGCAAAGUCUUUCAGACUCUAAACAGUCUGCUGAAAUGGUUCAAGGAACAUUUCCGGGAGCCGAUACCUGGCGUGGCGACACCUAUGAUCGGAGGACGUACUCCUGGACUAGACCAUUCCACCAUCCAGCGAGCGGUCAGCUCCCUACCCCCACAGAUGUACAACACCCUGGCGGCCGUUGCCGGGGCAACGCCUCUCGUGGGAGGCUUCAGCGUUCCGCAACAGCCAUUUGCGACGCCGCUGCCAGUGGCGACACCUAUGAUGACGCCAUCGUAUCACAAUCGGGUAGGACGAACCCCUAACGCCAUGGUGACUCCACAGUACCAGCCGUCGUCGCAGGGUAAUUGGGCGCACCCGGCGACGCCCAGGCACCACCCCAGCGCCACGCCCCGCACACCCUCGUACUCCUCGUCGCAGCAGCAGCAGCAGCACCAGCAGCAACAUCACCAUAACCAGCAUCAUCAGCAUCAUCAGCAGCGGGCUGCAGCACACUCCUCCAGCAGGCCUGGUGCAGCUGGUGCAGCCGUCGACUGGGGUAAGGCUGCCGCUCAGUGGGCUCAGAAGUCGCGCGACGCCACGCGCAGCACGCCACGACAGUCCCAGCGCCCGUCACCCCGCCCGGUCACCAAGCCGUCGCCGCGCGCGAGUCCGCGGCCGAGCCCCGCGGUGCAGCGCGAUUCCAGCUAUCGGUCGGAGUCGCCCCCCGCUGGCGACGCCACGCCGCUAUACGACGAAAACUAGACUGCGCGCGUGCGAGACGGGCGGGUGUCGAGGUCAGAGUUCGCGAAAAGUUCCCUACGAUCGUCGGAGGAGGAGCCUUCCCUACGAUCAUCGGAGGAGGAGCCUUUACGAAACCAUUGUCGAUGAAUGAAGACUGUGAAAUUUGGUAACCGCUCCGAGACUUAUGCGUUAUAGUGACUGCGCCUCAUGAUCACGUAAGUGUGGAAUAGUGGUCACUGCUCUGCCUUUUUCUAGGUUUCUGUAUUUAAAAUGUAUUUGUUUUGGAGACAAAAGUAAUUAAUUGCAGCGUUAAUCGUCGCGAUGGUUUUUACCUUUUUUUUAAAUAUCGUUUACACCCGAAAGAAAACAUUUCCAAAUUUAGUGCGUGGACUGUAGUUAAUGCCUGUUCGAUGAGGAUUGCAUAGCUGGUCAGUGCUGCGAAUUAAAACUGGAUAUUGUCACAGUGUGAGUGUGUGUGUUGACUUGUGGUGGGUGAUAGUGUGAGUAUAUCUGACCUAUGGCUCAUAGGCUGUGUCCUGUAUGAACAUGGGUGCAUGUGUGGUGUUGACGCAGGGUUGUGACAUGUAUGUAUUUGCAGGGGGAACGGUGAUCUCUAGUAUCUAUCCGUAUAGUAUCAGGAGUAAGAUAAUAUAGGAUAUAUCCUAUAUUAUCCUCCUCUAUUAUCUCCUAUAUUAUCUUACUCCUGAUAGUAUCUCUAGUAGUCAAACAGUAAUUGGCGUGGCGCAGGUCGUGUGCGUUUGGAUGUACAGUUGGUAAUUUUGGCACAUUUUCAGCUCCAUUUAUGGAACAAAUGCAAACAGCUCAUACGCAUGCUUCCAGGCUUCCUUCUGCCUAUCUUUGUUUCAACUGUAAACUGGUUGUUUAACUGUGUAAUCACUCAAAAGCUGCUAUAACUUGGUACUAGAUUUGUGUGCUAUGAGAUACAUACGUCAAUGUACGUUAAUAUCUGAUUACAAAGUGACGGAGAGCGAACUGGAUUAGCAUCUAGAUUAUUAUUUAGUAAGACGUGUCUAGCCAAAUUAGAAAAUCACUCGUUUAUACAUAAUGUGUUUGAGGGCAGGUGAUCAUAGGACGUGUUGUCUACUUGGUGCACAAAAUGUUGGCAACGAUCAUGAGGCAAAUGUCUGCAAAUUUUGCAAACUCAACUUUGAUUAUGUCAAAUAAAUACAUUUGUGGUGUCAUCUUAACGUUGUAAUAUGUACAACAGAGGUAAAGUGCUUGUCUGUGAAUUUAAGUGAGCAAUGUCAGUUUGUGACCAGCUUGUAAAUAAAAGCCCAUCAAGUGUUUGGAAUGUA